CCUCUUCCUCCUCCUCCUCCUGGGCUCCUGCCUCCACCCAGCCGCUGCCUUCCCCAAGGGCUGUUACCCCUCAGAAGAGGAGGGGCUGAAGACCUUUCGCUGCAGCAACGCUCAGCUGACCGAGGUCCCCAGGGACAUCCCCAACGACACCAACAAACUCUACCUGGACUUCAACCAAAUCCCCUUCCUGCCUCGCGAUGCCUUCCGGGACCUGCCACUCCUGCUGGAGCUGGAUCUGUCCCACAAUGCCAUCGCCAGAAUUGAAACUGGGGCUUUCCAGGGCCUGGCAGAGCACCUGCACUCCUUGGACUUGUCUUCCAACAGGCUGGUGUCGGUCAGCAAAGACGCCUUUAGCAACCUGAAAGCCAAGGUGAACCUGUCCAACAACCCCUGGCUGUGUGACUGCCGGCUGCAGGAGCUGAUCCGUGCCGUGGAACUGGCGGCUGAAUCCUCGGGGGGCAUCGUGUGUGACUCCUCCACGCAGGAGGAGCACGUGGGCAAAGCUUUCCUGCAGGUCAUUGCUGACACAGAUCUCUGCAACGUGUACAAGAAGACCACGGACAUCGCCAUGCUGGUCACCAUGUUCGGCUGGUUCGCCAUGGUGAUUUCCUACCUGGUUUAUUAUGUCAGGCAGAACCAGGAGGACGCCCGGCGACAUUUGGAGUAUCUCAAGUCACUGCCCAGCAAACAGCGGCGGUCAGAGGAGUCGUCCACCAUCAGCACUGUGGUGUGAGCACAGCAUCCUGCAGGACAUGGGCACCGUGUGGAGCUGGGCACCGGCCACUGGCAUCACACAGAGAUACUCCUGGGUUUGUUCUGUUCUCCUCCUGGAAGCAGCAGCCACAGCUGAUGGGUCCCUGGCUCGGUGGCUCAGGUCAGGGAUGGGUAUCAGAUAUGAACAUGGAGGAUCUGCAGCAUCUUCCCAAGUUAUGGAGGACUGGAGCAACCCAGAGCAUCCCCCUGGCAUGUGGCCAUUGCUCUGACUGACUUGGACAUUUGGACUUCAUCUCAAACUUUUUAUAUUUCCUUUGCAGAGAUCCCUUGGGGCGUUAUGGAAUCGGUGUUUUCAUCUCUCCCCGGCUCCCCCUUGGCUGCCCAGGGGAUGGUACGGCAGCCCAGGGCAGCCUGGGCCUGGAUCCCUGCUGGGAGGGCACUGGGGAGGAGCAGUACGGCUGCAAGGCCAGUGUCCUGCCAGGUCACUGGCCCUGGAGGGUCAGCGGGACCAAGAGGUGGGGCAGGGGGUGGGGACACACCGGUUGGUGCCGCCCCAUCUUCCGUUUCAUCUCCCUGCCCCUUUCCCGGCGCUCAGGCCAGGUGGGGCAAGGGGCAUGGGUGUCACCACUCGGACAUGGGCAAACCCAGGACCUUUCUUGGAGUGUGGGGAAUGAGAACCAAAUGGGGAAUGAGCUCCUUUGGGGCUGCCAGGGAUGUGGGUGCUGAUGGAGGGGCACCUGGGGGUCCUGGCAGUGGCUUCAGCUCUGCUGGGACAUUUGGGGAGUGGGGGUCCCCUGGGUGCUCUUGGGGGCCAUGAGGGAGGGUGCUGGCAGCACCCUUGGCCAUCUGCUGGUGUCCCUGCCGGAGGGGAGCUCCCACCUCACAAGCUGCUGACCGGUCACUGUGAUGGGAAGCAGGAUGGAGGGAGCUGCCACGGCUGCUCUGUCCUCUCCCCACCCCUGCACUGCUGUCAGGAGCCUGAAUCUCCCCUAAAAUAUUCCAAAGUCCCUUCUUGACAUUUCCAGUGUUGGGCUGCGGGUUCCUGGUGGCAGUGGUGGAGGCGAUGCUGAGCACAGGGCUGGCACAGGCAGGGGUCAGUGCCCACUUUUGGGCAUGCAGGGCCCAAAUGGCAACUCAGAGCAAAACCAGAGCAGCCCCAGACUCUUCCACCUGCUUGUCUGGCCUCUGGGAGAUCUGGUUUUGCUGGUUUUGGCCUUUUUUUAAACCAACCAAUGCUAAAUUGCCUUAACUCACCAAGAGCACCAACCAAAGCUGCUGGAAGCUCCUCUGUAGCGGGCCAGAGCUGCCUUGUGGGCAGGCCCUGCCUGUGCCACCCUCGUGCCCCGGUGCUGGUGGGAGCAGGAGCAGGGCCCGCCCUUCCACAAGUGCCUGAUUCCAGCACAGAGCAGGAGCUCUGCAACGCACAAACACCUCAGCCCCAGCUCCCAUCCGGGCGUCGCCGCAGCCCCACGGCAGCUCCUCCCCUCUCUGCAACCGGCGGAGGAGAAAAGGGGCUGGGGAGGACCCGACUGAACCUCCCAGGCUGCUCCCCCCAGGCCACCGCUUGUGCCGGGACCACCCGACCCAUCUGUGUUUGGGUUAAGGGACAUUUUAGUUCUUUAUACGACAAUAAAGUUGGCUUUUACUUUGGA